AUGGCUAUGAUUUUGCACGCAAUUAGUACACACAAAAAUGCGUUUAAGACUCUCAUUGCAGCAGAAUAUAGUGGUGUUAAAAUUGAACUGUCGAAGAGUUUUGAGAUGGGUAUAUCAAAUCAGACUCCUGAGUUUCUCAAGAUGAAUCCUAUAGGAAAGGUUCCUGUUCUUGAAACCCCUGAUGGCCCAAUAUUUGAAAGUAAUGCUAUUGCACGCUAUGUAACAAAGUUGCAGCCCGAGAACCCCUUGUAUGGCACUUCCUUGUAUGAUUAUGGCUGCAUUGAACAAUGGAUUGACUUCGCUACUACAGAGAUUGAUGUGAAUAUAGGGCGUUGGUAUCUUCCACGAAUUGGUUUCGCUCAAUAUCUACCUCCGGCUGAGGAGGCUGCAAUUUCUUCAUUGAAGAGAGCUCUUGGAGCUUUGAAUACCCAUCUUGCCUCUAACACUUAUUUGGUUGGACAUGGGGUCUCUCUGGCCGACAUUAUUAUGACAUGCAACCUUAGUUAUGGAUUCAAGCAAAUUAUGACCAAGAGCUUUACCUCGGAAUUCCCACACGUUGAGAGAUACUUCUGGACCAUGGUUAAUCAGCCAAAAUUUCACAAAGUGUUGGGUGAUGUGAAGCAAGUGGACUCUGUUCCGCCUGUUGCAUCCAAGAAGCCUGUGCAGGCAAAAGAAUCUGCAAAACCCAAACCAAAGGAUGAACCGAAGAAGGAGGCUAAGAAGGAAGAUGUGAAGCCUAAAGAAGUAGAAGAGGAAGAAGAUGCACCUAAGCCAAAAGCAAAGAAUCCUUUGGAUCUUUUGCCUCCAAGUAAGAUGAUAUUGGACGAAUGGAAGAGACUUUAUUCCAACACUAAGACAAACUUUCGUGAGGUCGCCGUUAAAGGAUUUUGGGACAUGUAUGAUCCCGAGGGAUACUCUCUGUGGUUCUGCAACUACAAGUACAAUGAUGAAAACACCGUCUCGUUUGUGACUUUGAACAAGGUGAAGGGAUUGUGGCUUUUCCGUGGGAAAGAAGUUCCUCAGUUUGUUCUCGAUGAAUGUUAUGACAUGGAGCUUUACGAGUGGACCAAGGUGGAUAUCAGCGAUGAAGCUCAAAAGGAGCGUGUUAGCCAAAUGAUUGAAGAUGCUGAGCCUUUCGAGGGUGAGGCUCUGUUGGAUGCCAAGUGCUUUAAGUGA